UUCUUUCAACAUCAGCAACAGUUAGUCAGACACCUCGGUAGCUAGCUAGACAAAAUAGCCGAACCAAUAAAGCGCUUUAGAUGCUUUCGUGAAUAUUAACCACUGUGUUUUAAACCCUCUUCUGUUGUCUAGUUAGUUAUCCGAUUUAAUUUCAUAUUUACGGUGUUGUUAUUAGUCAGCUAGCGGGCUGGUUAAGUUAGCAUUAGCAUAGCUAGCUAACAUUCCCGACCAUGAGCUCACUAAACUACUCUCGUCCUGCAAAAGAAGAGGACGUCUGCUGGACGGAGAAAGGGGGUCUGUGGCUAAACGUUGUCGUGAAAGAGGAGGAAGAGGAUGUCUCAAUACAAAAACAAGUAGAGGGUGAGGAUGUUACAGUGAAAGAAGAAGAGAAAGACGUUUCAGUGAAAGAAGAGGAAGACGCUUUCAGAGUGAAAGAAGAGGAUGUUACAGUAAAAGAAGAGGAGGAAGCCGUUUUUGGAGUGGAGGAGGGGGAGAUGACUGUCACAUUGGAAGAAGAAUCUGAAGAGGAGGACACUGGAUGUCUGGGCUCGGUUUCCCAAAGGCAUGUUAAGGCAUCCUAUGGUUCUAACGAUGAACGGGCCCUGGUUAACACUAGAGAGAGACGGGACUAUCGUGGGACCUCUGGGGAGACUCAACAACCUCAUGAUGCUGACGAGGCAGAGAAGAGUCUCUCCAGAUCAGAACACCUCAAGAAACACCAGCGGAGAUCCACAGGGAAGAGAACUCACUGCUGCUCUGACUGUGGGAAGAGAUUCACCUCCUCAUCAGGCAUUAAAAUUCAUCAGAGUAUCCACACCGGAGAGAAAUCUUACAGCUGUGAUCAAUGUGGGAAGAGUUUUGUAAAAUAUAGACAUCUGAAGAUACACCAGAGAACACACACAGGAGAGAAAUCAUAUAGCUGUGAUCAAUGUGGGAAGAGUUUUACUCAGCUAAGCAGCCUGAUAUCACACCAGAGAACACACACAGGCGAGAAACCUUAUAGCUGUACUCAAUGUGGGAAGAGUUUUACUCAGCUAGGCAUCCUGAUAUCACACCAGAGAACUGUCGUGACGUUGCAUUAGUUAAUGUGACAACUGUUGCUCAUCGAAUGAUUAAAGGUUUCUAAUUGUGUGAUUAAAUUAAUCAAGCAAUUAUUAACUCAUUAACCUGGGGCACCAUGGGAAAAUUAGUUUUGAGUUUCUAUUUCCCAAAUUAACUCAAAGAACAUCAGAAUAUCGAUUUUACAACAGUAGAUAAUUAAUCAGUUUCCUUUACAAUCUCAUUCUGAACGUUGUAUAAUCCGGGAAUCUGCACGAACCCGGGUCUCACCAAUGAGUUCGUACCACACCAAUCUUAGUUGAGUAUGUAUUUACUAGAAAGCUAAAAUGAUGAUAAAAGAUACACAUACACCAAAAACACAUUCUAGGCUAUUGAUUAGAACUUAGUAUAACGGGCCAACACACUAUGGCGUGUGUUACCCAAACUGGGGAUUUAAAAGAGAGAGAAAUAUACAUUUGGGUGCAUUUGUCAGCUGUGCUUAUUUUAACCCUAGCCUUGUCCCAAACUGCCGCUUUAAUGGGUCAGAAUAUAAUGAUGUAAUUACCUGUGGGAGGUCUCAGAUGCGAAGCUCCGCGUGGGUUGUUUAGGCUUCUCAAUGACGCACUUCCCUGGUGCAACUCUCUGGUCGUCCUCACGAUGUCAGUGUCCAUUUGGUCUGAUUCCUCGCCCUUGCUCUGGGAGGAGUCUUCUGAGGACAGACAGAUCUGUAGCUCAGGGCUCAUAGCAUAGGAGUGAAACAGUGUAGAUACCACAAUUUGAUGGAGAGUGGAGGUUAGGUGGUCCGGCUUGAAUUCACCCGCUGAGACACAGCUUCUCAUCAGUAGCAUGGGUAGAAAAAGAUGUCUUUGUCUUCAACCUUGGGUUGAGUUUUGGGUUCGUUGACUUUUUAGACCUUGGCUGCAGCUUGGGUCACUUAGUCUGAUCUGUUCAUUCUGCCUCACAGGUCUUAUACCCUCGGGUCAGAAGUGGGCGUAACCGCCUUUAGGGCAAUUCUCUGGGCGUACCAAGUCAAGAGGCAUGGUCUAGAUUUUACUCAAAUCCAAUUUUAGACAACUAACUUCACAUUUCGUCUUUACCAAAACAUUCUCUUUGAUUUGAACAUUUUCCACACAAUGUCCAAUGUAUAAACAUCAAGAGUAUCCUAGGAAAACUCUUACAGUUACAAUGUUUUUGUAAUAACGUAAUCUAUUAACCUAUAAUAACAAAACUAAAAUGACAUAUAUUUCCAUGUUCCAUCUAUCGUCAUGACCACCAUUGUGGCUGACAGAAAUCAUUGUUCCAAAGUCUUUUUAUUGCAUGUUUAAUGUUCUGAGGCUGGUUCUCCAUAGUGAGAGGACAAAGGAAUGUUGUCUGUGGCCUAAGAUUUACCAUGGGCGUGAGGGGUCAUAAAACCCCCGCAUCUUCAGACCCCGAGAUCUCUCCUCCUCUGUUGAGGGUGAGAGAUAAACUGUAGGGUUGUGGUCUCCUGUAACCUGACCACACCAGAGAACACACACAGGAGCGAAAUCCUAUAGCUGUGAUCAAUGUGGGAAGAGUUUUGUUCUAUCUGGUGAUCUGACAGUACACCAGAGAACACACACAGGAGAGAAAUCGUAUAGCUCUAAUCAAUGUGUGAAGAGUUUUGUUUCAUCUACGGGUCUGACAGUGCACCAGAGAACACACACAGAAUAGAAAUCGUAUAGCUCUAAUCUAUGUGGGAAGAGUUUUACUCAGUCAAACAGCCUGGUACAACACCAGAGAACACAUACAGGAGUGAAAGCUCAUAACUGUGACCAGAGAUAAUCUGAUAAAAGAUCACAGAUCAAAUAUCAGAAAGUACAUACAUGAAGGAGUUGUUUCAUGAUAUCAAUGUAUUAAUGUCACAAUGUAAACUGUUUUAACAUUGCAGAAGGAGUAUUUUAAUAUUGUCACAAUGUUGAAGCAUAAAUGUUUGCCCCUUUAUCAAUUGAUUACAACAUGAUAUGGAUAUUAGCCUCAGGGGAAAAUCCAGACUCUGAUUUGAUAGUUAUGUUGUGUUACACUUACCACGUUGGUGACCCACUGGAAUCAAAAUGUAACACUUCAAAAUGUAGCUAGCUGUUUUCUACAAAUUGUCCUCUAACCAGUGAUGUUUACAUUAUUCCCAAAUUACGUGUGGUUUUUGAGCUGUUGGUUUUAACAGGAUGUGCAACCUCAUCUCCCUCCUUUUGAAAAGUUGAUUUCAACGUGAUAUCGAUGAGUGAUGACAAAUAAGUGUUGUGUUCCUUUGUUUAGUGACCCCUAAAUUGAAAUGCAUCACUCCAAAAUGUAGCUGACUGUCUUCUGCAGGUUCUCCUCUAACCAGUGAGGUUAAAGAUAUCUCCCAUUUCCAUGUUUUUUUUUUAGUUGUGUUAGUUUCAAGAACACAUACAGCCUAAUUGAAAUCAUUGAUUUAUUGCUGCUUGUGCAGUUUAUACAGUGCUUGUUUAAAAAAAUACUAUAUGAUUAUUGUGGCAGAUGUUUGUGUACAUAGUACAUUUUAUGUUUAGGUUUUCAAUUCAUCCUAAACUGUUUCUGCAUAUUGGUUAUUGAUUUGGACACGUUAACACUGUGUUUUGACAUUGUGCUUUACCACCUAGCAAAAUGUAAUUGAAAAAAAUGUUGAAAAGAAGACUAUGCCCGACGUCCAAUAUAUGUUCGGUUGAAAAUAUGUAUUUUCUGGUAGUUUUUUCAGUGACUGACUUGAAAAUAACUUAAUUUCAACUUACUUGCAGGUAGCCUAGUGGUUAGAACGUUGGGCC